GCCCCGAGGGGCGGCCAUGGAGUGAGGCGGCGGCGCGCGGGCUGGCGCUGGACCCGACAGAGCAGUGGACGCACCCGACGGACGGCCCCGGGCUCUGCGCUCUGGAAGAUGAACAGAGCAGAUUCUCCAAAACCACCAGUUGCUCCCAAGCCAAAGACCACCCGUACCCUCCCUCCAGUGACCGCACCCAAGCUCCCUUCAUCACCCAGACCCGACGGUCUUCACAGUCCGAACUUCAUGUCCAGGGGACCAAAACCUCCCAUCGCCCCCAAGCCCAAGCUGGCUGCCCCGAAUGAGUGGCGAGCCAGCGUGUCUGUGAACAACAGCCUCAACAAGUGCAGCAAUGGGAGGCUGCUCUGUGUAGACAGGGGGCUCUGUGAGGGCUUCCGGCCCAGCCUGGAGUGUUCCGAAUCAGAGACAGACGAGGAUUAUAUCGUGGCCCCCAGGGCUCCACCAAAAGAGAACAAGCCCGAGGAUGGGUCCUGUGGAGAGGAUGUGGUCACAGUGGCCCUGAGUGCCACUGGGGAAGAGGCACACGAGGAGGUAACCCAGGCAUGCGGCGAGGAGGGGUUGCCGGCUGCUGACGACUCAGCAGGUGGAGCACUGAGCGGAGAGGAUGAGGAAGGUGCAAAUGAUGAGGAAGACAUAGACCACACCCCCGAAGACGAGGACAGCCCCCAGGACCUGGGGACCAGGGAGGAGAAUGAGGAGCUGGCAGCCGAGCAGAACCUGGGCAGCCCAGAGGACAAUGUGCUGUGGGACGGGGAGGGUGUCUCUGAGGGCGACAUCAUCCUAACUCCGGUAGACCCUGACGAGGAGCCCAGGCCCCCUGAGGCCCUCGGGGAGGUAGAGGAGGACGAUAGAACCAGCUGUGCCAAUAUGGAGCCCGGGGGGCCAGGUGAAGACAACGCAUGGUGUGCUGAAGAUGACACGGAGGCACUGCCUGAGAAUGAGGACUUGGCCACGGGCAUCCAGGAGGCAGAGGUGACCAGGGAGAACUCCGAAGUCUCCGAGCAGGAGUGUGACGCCACUGAGGACCCAGCAGACGAGGCUGCUGGCCCUGACCCGGAUGAGCAAACUGAACAGGAAGAAAUGGUGGCCACCCCCACGGAGCUGGCAGAGGAUGAAGCUUCCGAGGAGAGCUGCCACAUUGUCCCUUUUGAGAAUGAAUGUGUGGACGACUUCCCACCGUCACUCGCACAAAGUCCCUAUGAGUUCUUCCCGACAGAGAGCACCUCGUUUUGUGGAGAGAGCUCCUCUCCUCUCCCUGAGCCAGCCAAAAGCUCCAACCCCGAGUGUGAACCGAGGUCAGGGCCCUGUAUGGAGGAGGACCUUGUGGCUGGGGAGGGACUCUGUGUCCCUGACGUGGUUGUUGUGCCAGAGGAGGAGGGGGAGGACACCACGGACGAUGCUCUUGCCAACCCCUACGUGAUGGGAGUCAUUCCAACAUGCCAGGCUGACCCUGGAGAGGGCGGGCAGGAGGAGAUCUCCGCUGAUGGAGACACCCUAACUAGCUGUGGCUUGAGAGAGGAGUUGGAUGCUGAUGGUGGUUCACUCUCCAUGGACAGGAAAAACCUUGUUGCCAGGGCCCGGCCCCACUCUGGGAAGGUGGCUGGCUCCGUGCCAGAAACUGUUCCUGAAGAAACUGGACCGGAAGCUGGCACAUUAGCCAACAACAUUGAAGAAUGCCCUGAGCAGGUAGGGAAGACAGCGCUGUCAUCGUUGUUUUCCGAGGGGAAGCCCAUGGAGGUGGGCAGGGCUUUGCCGGCCAAGCCACGAGCCUUCACGCUGUACCCGCGGUCCUUCUCCGUGGAAGGCCGAGAGGUUCCUGCCUGCAUGUCCAGGGAACCCGAUGGCUUAGACAACCUCCGGAUCAAGAGGAAGGAUGACAACCUGUCCCUGCCUUGUGUCAUCGGCUCCUCUGGGAGCUUCUCCCAGCGGAACCACCUGCCGUCCAGCGGCACCUCCACGCCGUCGUCCAUGGUCGACAUCCCACCCCCCUUCGACCUGGCCUGCAUCACCAAGAAACCCAUCACUAAGAGCUCCCCAUCGCUGCUGACCGAGAGCGACUCCCCGGACAAGCACCCCAAGAAGAAGAAGUCGUCCUUCAAGCGGUUCUUAGAGCUGACAUUCAGAAAGAAGACGGAGAAUAAAGUGCACGUGGACGUCAAUGUGUCCUCCUCCAGAUCCUCCUCGGAGUCCAGCUACCAUGGGCCCGCCAGGAUCCUGGAGCUGGACCGCAGGAGCCUCAGCAACUCCCCUCAGCUCAAGGCCCGGCCUGGCAAGCUGCGGGCCUCGGACUCCCCCUCCUCGCUCAUCUUCUAUCGUGACAGCAAGAGGAGAGGCGUGCCCUUCAGCAGGACCGUGUCCAGGGUGGAGUCCUUCGAAGACCGUUCCCGGCCACCCUUUCUGCCCCUGCCGCUGACCAAGCCCCGGUCCAUUUCAUUCCCCAACGCAGACACAUCUGACUAUGAGAACAUCCCGGCCAUGAACUCGGACUACGAGAACAUCCAGAUCCCGCCCCGGAGGCCUGCCAGGGCCGGCACGUUCACGAAGCUGUUUGAGGAUCAGAGCCGAGCCCUGUCCACGGCCAACGAGAAUGACGGCUAUGUGGACAUGAGCAGCUUCAACGCCUUCGAGAGCAAGCAGCAGAACGCUGAGCAGGACGCAGAAAGCGCCUACACGGAACCCUACAAAGUCUGUCCCAUCUCGGUGGUGGCACCCAGAGAGGACCUCACGUCAGACGAAGAGCAGAGAAGCUCGGAGGAGGAGGAGGAAGGUGCUCCCAGCCUCACCCACAAGGUGGAAGGACACUCCAGAGCUCUUGCCAUCGCACAGGAACUGCUGUCCUCGGAGAAAGCGUAUGUGGAGAUGCUGCAGCACUUGCAUCUGGAUUUCCAUGGAGCCGUGCUGAGGGUCUUGGAUGACCUGGACCAAGAGAGUGGAGACCCACUGGCCCACAAGGAGCUGAGGCAGGGCUUGGGCGAACUCCCUGCCAUCCUUGACCUUCAUCAGGGCAUCUUGGAGGAGCUACAGGCUCGGCUGUCUGACUGGGAGGUCCAGCAGAAAGUGGCCAAUGUCUUCCUGACCCGGGAGCAGGAUUUUGACCACCACGCUGCCCACAUCCUGCAGUUCGACAGGUACCUGGGCCUGCUCACAGAGAGCUGCCAGCGUGCCCCACAGCUGGCGGCUGCCAUCCAAGAGUUCGAGCAGAGCCAGCAAGGCGGCAGCCAGAGCGUGAAACACCGGCUCCUGAGGGUGGUUCAGCGCCUCUUCCAGUACCAAGUGCUGCUCACAGACUAUUUAAAUAACCUGUGCCCGGACUCGGCCGAGUACGAUGCCACGCAGGGUGCGCUGACCCUCAUCUCCAAAGUCACAGACCGCGCCAACGACAGCAUGGAACAAGGGGAAAACCUGCAGAAACUGGUCCACAUUGAGCACAGCGUGCGAGGCCAAGGGGAUCUCCUCCAGCCAGGAAGGGAGUUCCUCAAGGAAGGGACGCUGCUCAAGGUCACUGGUAAGAACAGACACCCCCGGCACCUGUUUCUGAUGAGCGACAUGCUCCUGUAUACCUACCCCUUGAAGGAUGGGAAGUACCGCCUGAGGAGCUCGCUGCCCGUGAGCGGCAUGAAGGUCAGCCGCCCUGUGACAGAGAAAGUGCCCUACGCCCUCAAGAUCGAGACUCCCGAGUGCUGCCUGAUGCUGUCUGCCAGCUCCUGCGCGGAGAGAGACGAGUGGUACGGCUGUCUGAGCAGAGCCCUUCCUGAGGACUACAAGGCCCAGGCCCUGGCUGCAUUCCAACACAGUGUGGAGAUCCGGGAGAGGCUGGGGGUCAACCUGGGGGAGAGGCCGCCCACCCUGGUGCCAGUCACCCACGUCAUGAUGUGCAUGAACUGCGGCUGUGAUUUCUCCCUCACCCUGAGGCGACAUCACUGCCAUGCCUGUGGCAAGAUCGUGUGCCGGAACUGCUCGCGGAACAAGUACCCCCUGAAGUACCUCAAGGACCGCAUGGCCAAGGUGUGCGACGGCUGCUUCGGGGAGCUGAAGAAGAGGGGCGGGCCGGUCCCCAGCCUCAUGAGAGAGCGGCCCGUGAGUAUGAGCUUCCCUCUGUCGUCGGCUCGCUUCUCCGGCAGCGCCUUCUCUUCUGUCUUUCAUGGCAUCAACCCCUCGGCUUUCAAGAAGCAGAAGAAAGUCCCUUCGGCCUUGACGGAGGUGGCUGCCUCCGGGGAGGGCUCCGCCAUCAGCGGCUACCUCAGCCGGUGUAAGAAGGGCAAGCGGCACUGGAAGAAGCUGUGGUUUGUCAUCAAAGGCAAAGUUCUCUACACCUACAUGGCCAGUGAGGACAAGGUGGCCAUGGAGAGCAUGCCUCUGCUGGGCUUCACCAUUGCCCCGGAAAGGGAGGAGGGCAGCAGCCAAGGGGGGCCUGUCUUUCACCUCUACCACAAGAAAACCCUGUUCUACAGCUUCAAGGCAGAGGAUGCCAGCUCGGCUCAGAGGUGGAUAGAGGCCAUGGAGGACGCGAGUGUGUUAUAG